GUCCAGACAAAAACGACAUCCAUAUAGCUACCAUAUAUCCAUCCGAAGUCCAUCCUUCCCUCCCUCCCCCUCUAAGUCCGCCAUCCCUCCCCCUAAUCACCAUGGCCGACCCCCCAGCCGACGCCCUCGCAACCUCCAUGCGCCUCAACCUCUCCAAGCGCGCCGCCAAUUCUUCCCUCCGUGCCCUCACCCUCUCCCCUCCCACCUCCACCGACUUCUCCUCCAACGAUUUCCUCUCUCUCUCUUCGUCCCCAAGCCUCCACGCCUCCUUCCUUGCCCACUUCCCCUCCUCACCCCAACGCCUUGGUAGCGGCGGUUCCCGCCUCCUCGACGGGAACAGCUCCUACGCAGAAAACCUCGAGUCCGAUAUCGCCUCCUUCCACGGCGCCGAGGCCGGCUGCCUCUUCAACGCCGGCUUCGAUGCCAAUGCGGGCUUCUUCGCGUGCGUGCCCCAACCAGGCGACGUAGUCGUCUAUGACGCUGCCAUUCACGCCAGCGUGCACGAAGGGAUGCGACUCUCACGUGCUGGAGUCCGCCUACCCUUCCGGCACAACGACGUCCAGGAUCUGAAGCACGUGCUUGAGAGGGUCCUGGCAGGGGAUGCGCUCGUGAGGACGGGGAAGCGGAGCGUCUUCCUCGCGGUGGAGAGUCUGUAUAGUAUGGAUGGCGACGUAGCACCGCUUGCUGCGAUUGUGGAAGCUGUAGAGAGGCUGCUGCCCAUGGGAAAUGGGAAGAUCAUCGUUGACGAGGCGCAUUCAACUGGCCUAUAUGGCGAGAAUGGGCGGGGGGUUGUGUGUAGUCUUGGCCUCGAACGACGGGUAUUUGCGCGCCUACAUACGUUCGGGAAAGCGCUGGCGUGUAAUGGAGCGAUUAUGCUCUGCUCGCCGUUGGCGCGGGAGUAUCUGAUUAACUAUGCGCGCCCGCUCAUCUACACGACCUUCAUGUCCUACCCCUCACUCGUAGCUAUCCGCACCGUUUAUGAUCUCAUGAUAGACGGUGGAACUGUCGCUCCUGCGGCGCAUAUGUGGGCGCUGGUAUCGCACCUUCACAGACACCUCCUUGCCCUCUCGCUACCACCCUCAAACCGCCUCCUACAUAUCCCGUAUCUCUGUCCGGAAUCCCCUAUUUUCUCGCUGCUGACACCGAGGCCACGCGACUUGGCGAGGGAGUGCCAGGCGGCGGGGUUUAUGGUACGCGCUAUUGUUACACCGACUGUGCCGGUGGGAGGGGAGAGGGUAAGGGUUUGUUUGCAUGCGGGUAACAGUUUUGAGGAGGUGGAGAGGUUAGUGGGUGUUGUAGGGAAGUGGGCGAGGAGGAUGGAGGCGGAGGGGGCAGAGAAAGCAAGGUUAUAGAUGGGAAUUGUACAAUAGGGGAUACGUAUAAACCGCGGCAAACAAAAAGCGAAGGUACAGGAUAUAUAAAGAGACAUAUGAACAGCCACAAGCAAAAAACGAAAGCGGAAACCCCCGAAUUUUCUGAAGAAUAAUCACAUCUUCAAUCCAUCAAUUAUUCGCAAAUCUCUCACAGUCUCUACAUGGCAGUCUCGGGGUCCCGACCGACGAGAAGGCAAACCAAUCGUCGUGUUAAUGACAGGCCUUGGGAGUACUAUCGACGAAUGGGUGGCCGUACGACGACUAAUUGAACCGUUUUCACGGGUUUUGUUUUACGAUCGAUCGGGAUUGGGGAGAAGCGAAGGACCAGCCAAUGCUCCAAAAGCUAUCAACGCCAUUUCUAUAGCUACCAAGCUCAACACCCUCCUCAAAAACACGAGCGUUAAUCCACCGUAUGUUAUACUGUGUCAUACGCGAGGUGGCAUUACAGCAAGAGAGUUCCUGCAUUUAUGGCCCAAUGAUGUUGCGGGAAUGGUAUUCGUGGAUGCGAACCAGGAGAAUACGUUUCUCAUCAUGAUGACUUCCCUUCGCCAGGUUUCGAAGCGACGUUAACUGGCAUUGAUUACUACGAGAUUACGGGUAGUAAAGCAAACACUGCGCUGUCGAAAGAAGAGUUUCAGACUGUGUUGGAUGUACAAGGAAGACCUUCAACCGGGAUCACUUCAACGGCGGAGGAGGCAGGUGCAAAAGGAGAUCCCCCGAUUCUGGCAGCAAAGAAGCAGCUUCAAAACCAAGCUUUGGGAAACAGGCCUGUCAGUGUUAUCCACGCCAACACAGCCCGAGAUUUCCAGCGGCUGUAUGAAGCUGGUAUUAAGGGUCAUAACCCUAGCCCUUGCUAGAUAUGUACGUGUAUCGCAAUAAUAACGAAUGAUAUUCAGUAUAUAAUGGUUGGCUAGCUAUUGAUAUCUCUCUCUUUCUGCAAUGGAGCUGGCGGCUUAACUCCCGUUCUUGAAGGGUUGACGUGGAUUCCUGGCGGGAAAAGAACUGUGAAAAUCGCAAGAUACUGGCACCAUCUCAGAUCUUUCGAGUUGUAUAGUUCAUUUUUGCAACUGUUGCAGGAGUGCCACUUUUGUCCGCUAAAGUCUUAUCAGCAAACUCGAUUCCAGCAUCCAUGAACUUGUUUAUGUCGAAUUAUAGCAGACAUCACCCACGUAACACAGUUCUGUUCGGGGCCUGCAUCUUUUUGAGGGACUGGGCUGGACUGAAGACGUGUCGGUAUUUCUGAUAUUUCAACUCAGUUCGGAAUCUUUCCGAUCAUUAUCAAGCUGAGCAAGCUGCCACUAACGGUUGGGUUGCUCCGGAAUAUCCAUUCAUGGCUCGGAUUAUGAUCCACCCUGGUUUCUGGAUCUGCCUGGCUGUAUCACUGACAUCGAAUGUGUAGCAAUCAGGCUCCUUGUAGACUUUAGGUGAGAUGAGAAUCCCCCAAUGGUAUGCCGCGUAGCCCAGUCGCUGUCUGUUCCCCCCGAGUGAAAGGGCACCACGAUAGUGAAUCGAGACGAAUGCCCGGCGUUUAUUGCUCAUCCUUUUGAUGGUGUGAUAUUUGUCGAGAUAUUUUUCGUCGCUAAUAACUCCACCAGCGCUUAAAUCAACUAACAGACACUCGUGCCGCCUAAAAGUCUGAUGAGGGAUUGCCUUUGCCGAG